AUGAGCGCACCAGUAUUUUUUGUGACGGGCACCGACACAGACGCCGGAAAGACAUUCGUGUCAGCACUGUUAACCAUGAGAUGGAGAGCUCAAUACUGGAAGCCCAUCCAAACAGGUAUCGAGGAUGACUGCGGUGAUACUGCCACCGUAAAAAAAAUGUGUGAAACGCACGGUUAUUCUAGUGAAUAUGCUGCACCAAAGUUUGAGUUGAUGAAACCUCUGUGUCCUUUAGAAGCGAUGGAAUAUGAACCUCAUAUUGAUGUCAAACUCUCUGAUUUUGAAGUUCCAGAUCUCUAUAAUCCAGAAAGACCCUUGAUUGUGGAAGGCGCUGGCGGAGUUUGUGUGCCAAUUACAAAGAAGCUCGAAACAACUGUUGAUCUUAUGAAGUUUUUCAUCAACUCCACCAAGCGAACGUUCAAAAUUGUUUUGGUUGCAAGAAGCGGACUAGGAACGCUCAAUCAUACUUUGAUGACUAUAGAGCAUUUAAAACUAGUCGGGUUACAAAACUUUGUUCUUGGAUGUGUCUUGAGUGGAAAAAAAAACGAGGGAAACUCUCGAAUUUUGAGAAGGUUUGGUGUUAAAAUAUUGGCAGAGAUCGACCAUUGCGAAACCAAAAACGAUGUACAACGUGCUUUAGCGCAGAUUCCUAAUCUAGAAGCUCUUUUCUAG